GCUGAGAGCCAAGCGGGCCGGGCAGCGUCUCCAUGGCGACGCGAGACGCGGGUAGGGGUGGCUGGUACCUGCUUGGUAGAGACGCUACUCCGGAGAUCCUAGCUGAGACCAGAUCAUGUCGGACCUGGGCUCUGAGGAGUUAGAGGAGGAAGGAGAGAACGAUCUUGGGGAAUAUGAAGGGGAGCGAAAUGAAGUGGGAGAACGGCAUGGACAAGGGAAAGCGAGAUUGCCCAACGGAGACACAUACGAAGGACAUUAUGAGUUUGGAAAAAGAAAUGGCCAGGGGGUCUACAAAUUUAAGAAUGGUGCCCGAUACAUUGGAGAAUAUAUUAAAAAUAAAAAGCACGGUCAAGGCACCUUUAUCUAUCCGGAUGGAUCCAGAUAUGAAGGGGAGUGGGCAGAUGACCAGAGGCACGGCCAUGGCGUGUACUACUACGUCAAUAACGACACCUACACGGGGGAGUGGUUCGCUCAUCAAAGGCAUGGGCAAGGCACCUACUUCUAUGCAGAGACAGGCAGUAAGUAUGUCGGCAGCUGGGUGAACGGGCAACAGGAGGGUGCUGCCGAGCUCAUCCACCUGAACCACAGGUACCAGGGCAAGUUCGUGAACAAAAACCCUGUUGGUCCUGGGAAGUACGUCUUCGACAUUGGAUGUGAACAGCAUGGUGAAUAUCGCCUAACAGAUGUGGAAAGAGGAGAAGAAGAGGAGGAGGAAGAGACAUUAGUGAAUAUUGUUCCCAAAUGGAAAGCUCUCAAAAUCACAGAGUUGGCCCUGUGGACGCCAACCCUCUCAGAGGAGCAGUCUCCUACUGAAGGACCAGGCCAGGAAGAAGCAUCUGGAGCUGCUGGUAUGGGUGACACCUCAGAAGAAGCCCAGGCUCUGGCAGAAGGUUUUGAGGGUGAGAUGGAGAGAACCGGGGAGGACGACAUCGAUGCACUCAGGCAGGAGAGCCGAGAGAACAGUUAUGACAUGGACCAGGGAAACACAACCUUUGAUGAAGAACAGUUAGACAUCCAGGAGUAAGAUGGAGGAUGUGGAAGAACACAGAUACAUCAGCCGUGCCUUAGUUCACUGCAGGCAGCUUGGGCUAGCACCAACCAGCUGUCGGUCUUUCUCUCUCAGUUGUUGCUUUGCAGUUGGAAAUAAAUCUCCCAGUGUUCAGUGUUUGUGAAGGUGCCUCGGCCACAGCAUCUGCAGGCUGAUUUCUAGCUGCUCAUGGGCACCACUCCUUGGAGUGUGGUGUAAAGGGGUGUGGACUUCUGGUAUGCACCUCUCACAAAACACUGCGUCUGGAGUGUGCCCCAGGCUCUGUAAGAAGGCCAUCUGCCUGCACCCUCUGCCCUCUUCUUGGGUUUCCACCUCCCAGCAUGGUCCACGCCACAGGCUGAGCAAGGCCACUCACAGGCAUCGGUAGUGAGCGCCCCCUUCAGGUUCCUUGGCAAGCUGCAGUUUCCUGCCUAGUUCUGGUCAAGUGCCUUAUGGACUCCCCCACCCGGUGUCUCCCUUCCCUCCCAGAGCUGUUCCCUUUCCCCAGCAUUGUUCCCAGGGGCCAAAGCAGAGGCCCAUGAAUCCCAUCCCAAACAGCUUCACCUCCUCUUCCCUCGAGUUGCUCAGAAGGGAAGUGCUUUAAGUUGCCCCAGUGAGAUGGAGGCAGUCAGUUCCAUUGCUGAGCUGGGGACUCUACCCACGGCAGGGCAGGCUUCCCAGCUCUCCAGUCCUGCCCAGUGCAUUUUUUCCCACUGUCCCCUAGACUCUAGGGGACAGGAUGCUAGGGAUUGAGAGUGUCGGCUGUAAACAACCCAUCCAUUUUUUUCCCAUCUCUCGUUCCCUGGAGACAUCGCAGCAGAAAUUUGAAGCAUUUUGGAUUCAUUAGGGCUGACUCCUCCCAGCUCAGCCCUCAGUGAGCAAAAUGAACUACUGUGUGCUUCUCUUGGUAUUUGAAUCACACAGUAAGUCUUCAAUCCCAGGAGAGGACGCCAUGUCAGAAUAGCCCACCCACUAGCUCCUCAUGUCCUCGGCCCCCUAGCUCCUCAUGUCCUCGGCCCCCUAGAAUCACCCCACCCAGGCUCCACGCUCUGCACAGUCUCAGAUAGGCAUGCUGCAGCUGUGAUGACCAGUGCUUUGACCUCCUCGACCGAUGCCCAGUCACCAUGAAUUGCACUGCGUGAGGGACUGUGACACUAUGGCAUGCUGUUGUGACAUCUGGCUCUAGUGGAGGCUCUCUGCCCAUGUGGGAAACUCACCUUCAGAGGAAACAUAGAUAGCUGGUCACUUCUGAGUUUCUGAUUCAGCAAGGCUGGGGAAACGUGAGUGUGUAUUUGUUCAGGUUCCAGGGGUGCAGAGGCUUCUGGGUCAUAGGCCACACUGGGUGGGAGGCCACUUUCCAUAGUAUCCCAUGGUCUAGUCCAAAAGCUGAGAAGGUCCGGACUACAGAUUCAGGUCCCCACUGUGUGGGAAGCCAGCUGGGGGUCUCUCUGUAUUAUGUAAUUUCUUCCUUGUGACUCUCAGAAGCUGUGUGAAGUGAUGCAGGAGAAGUCCUCAGGACACUACACAUACAGAGAUGUGGACAUCUAUUGACACCGUGUGACUCCAUCCAACUCCUCAGUGAUCCAUGGAGCAUCUGCUGAAUAAAAGAUUUAUCAGAGAGGAAUUUUCCACAA